UUAAAUUCCGUCUGCAGCUACGUGUAGAAAUCGCAGUGGGGAGUGAAGCGGUUUUUGGCUCAGUUUCUGUUUCCAAACUUUUUCUUUUGGAAUUUUUUUUUCAUUGACCCCACUUUUCACCUUUCGUUUUAAUAAAAACACCAGCUCAUUUUGUUGUGUUCAGUUACAGGUUAUGAAAUCCCUCUGGAGACUAGGAUUCUAUAAAUACAACCAUCUUAAUAAUAACAACAAGAAAAUGUCUAUUCAAAAAUGCUUCCCUUCAGGUGCUCAGAGAAGAUACAGUUACUGCGUGGCACCCAUGAUCAUGGCAGAACCAACAAGGGGACUUAUGGAUGAACCAGUCAAACUUGAGAUUAGACAUUUAAGGCCCAACCAACAAGUCACUUUACAGUCAAGAUUGCUGUCUGAGGACGCUGAUUGGUGGGAGGCAUAUGGCCAUUAUGUCAGUAAUUCAGAAGGAAUUGUUCAAGUUGCCAGAGACAAGUCAUGUGGAGGCACUUACACAGGCCAGGAACCAAUGGGCUUAAUAUGGAGUAUGAAGCUUGCACCCGGCAGUCGCCCUGGCAUGCGGCUGAGGAAGAAGGAUGUGACAGUUCCAUAUUUGAUAACCGUCUCUAUGUAUGAUGGAUGGAUUUCCGGGAAUUUUAACAAAGAGGCAGUAUUGGCAUCAGUUGUAUUAGAACGUUCUUACAUGGCACCAGGCAUUACUCGGUUAGAGCUCAAAGAGGGUCCUGUUUUUGGGACAAUAUUCUUUCCACCAGGACCUGGACCAUUUCCUGCAGUUUUAGAUAUGUGGGGUGGUGGUGGAGGUCUUGUUGAAUACCGUGCAGCGCUUCUUGCAUCACGAGGAUUUGCUGCCUUAGCUUUGGCUUACUUGGGACAUAAGAACAUCCCACAGUCACUGCAAACAUUUGACCCAGAGCUCUCUUACUUCAAGGAGGCCUUCAAAACCCUGAAUAACCAUGCAAAGGUCUCAAAAGGCAGUGUUGCCAUUUUGGGACUCUCACUUGGAUUUACACUGGCACUCCUGAUGGCAACAGAGGUCCCAAAUAUUCAUCCAAAGUGCUUAGUCUGCAUCAGCGGAAGUCAUUAUAACAUUCUUCAGAAAGGAGGAACAAAGGGCUUUCCUGAUCUUCACAAGGAUCAACGUAAAAUUAAGUUUACGGAAGAUGGUAGUAUGAUAUGGAGAAAUAUCCCUUUGCCAUUCCCAGAUGAUCCAAAGCAGAUGAUUCAGGUUGAUAAAAUCAGAUGCCCCUUGAUGCUUAUUUUUGGAGAUGAUGAUCAGAACUGGCCUGCACCUGAAUCAGCCGUGGAGAUCUGGAAGAUGUUGAAAGCUGCAGGGAAGGAACACUUGCUCACAACACUGUCAUACCCUCAGACUGGACAUCUGAUUGAGCCUCCAUAUAGCCCCCACUUCAGAGAAUCCAAGUUUAGGGUGCCUUCUGCAGAUAAACCGGUGACAAUUUUGUGGGGAGGACAAGCAAAACCUCACUCGGAUGCUCAAGAGGAUUCCUGGAAGAAGAUCCUAGUAUUUCUAGAAGAGCACCUAGUGUUUCAACACCCAGCUGCUGUCGUUCAAUCCAACCUAUGAGGAAGAGAUGAUACACUGUUUGAUUUUCUUUUAUUCCAUCAGUACCAAGAGAAUUUAUCUGUUGUCUUCUGUUGAUCAAAAAAAAAAUUCCGAAACUUCUUGUCUGUUAGGUGACUGUUGGUCUGAUUUAUUUUUCCAGGGUGGUUUUCUCAAUGAAACCUGCCACUGUUGCAUGUUAAUUUUAUAUUCUUUUUCACUCUGUAACAGCCCUGUAUGAUUUGUACCUAAGAUGGUGCCAUUUAAAGGCAGCCAUUAUAAAAACUUUUCACUGCACUGCUGUACUUCUGUACUGGAGUGCAUGUGGCAAUAAAGGAUAUUCUAUUCCAUCCUUUUGUGCUUCAGAAUCAUGGACUCUGUACAGCACAGAAGGAGACUGUGUAGGUUCUUUGAAAGAAUUAUUUAAAUAAUCCCUCCAACCUUCUUUCUCUCGAGAGCCAACAUUUCUGUUUGAAAGCAAUUGUGAAAUCCAGUUCCACCACCCUUUUAGAAAGACAGAAUAUUCCAAAUGAAUGCAAUUCACUAUGUCUUUUUUUUAAAAAAAAAAAUUCGCAUUAUCACCAGUUAUAAAGUCAU